AUGGCGAGGCUGCGGGACUGCCUGUUCCGCCUGACGGUCACGAUCCGGUCCCUGCUCUUCUGGUCCCUGGUCUACUGCUACUGCGGGCUCUGCGCCUCCAUCUACCUGCUCAAACUUUUGUGGAGCAUCGGCAAGGGACCCGCUCAGACCUUCCGGAGGGUCGCCCGGGAACACCCUCCCGCGUGUUUGAACGACCCCUCUUUGGGUACCCACUGCUACGUGCGGAUCAAGGAUUCGGGGUUAAGAUUUCAUUAUGUUGCUACUGGUGAAAGAGGCAAACCACUUAUGCUGCUGCUUCAUGGAUUUCCAGAAUUCUGGUAUUCUUGGCGUCACCAACUAAGGGAAUUUAAAAGUGAAUAUCGAGUUGUAGCACUUGAUCUGAGAGGCUAUGGAGAAACAGAUGCUCCCAUUCAUCGAGAGAGUUAUAAAUUGGACUGUCUAAUUACAGAUGUAAAGGAUAUUUUAGACUCUUUAGGAUAUAGCAAAUGUGUUCUUAUUGGCCACGACUGGGGGGGAAUGAUUGCUUGGCUAAUUGCCAUCUGUUAUCCCGAAAUGGUGAUGAAGCUUAUUGUUAUUAACUUCCCUCAUCCAAAUGUAUUUACAGAAUAUAUUUUACGACACCCUGCCCAGCUGUUCAAAUCCAGCCAUUAUUACUUCUUCCAAAUACCAUGGUUCCCAGAAUUUAUGUUCUCAAUAAAUGAUUUCAAGGCUUUGAAACAUCUGUUUACCAGUCACAGCACUGGUAUUGGAAGAAAAGGAUGUCGAUUAACAACAGAAGAUCUUGAGGCUUAUAUUUAUGUCUUCUCCCAGCCUGGAGCAUUAAAUGGUCCAAUUAACCAUUACCGAAAUAUCUUCAGCUGCCUGCCUCUCAAACAUCACAUGGUGACCACUCCAACACUCCUACUGUGGGGAGAAAAAGAUGCAUUUAUGGAGGCUGAGAUGGCUGAAGUCACAAAGAUUUAUGUUAAAAAUUAUUUCAGGCUAACUAUACUGUCAGAUGUCAGUCACUGGCUUCAGCAAGAACAACCUGAUAUAGUGAACAAAUUGAUAUGGACAUUUCUGAAGGAAGAAACAAGAAGAAAAGAUUGACUUUUCUAUAUCUUCUAUGAGGGAUCUGUAAUGAAAUCUCUAAAUAAUUUUUAAUAAUUGUUCAUCAACCUCUUUAAGCUUAUUAGGAAAAAAUUGUUUUAAUAUGCUUUAUCAUAAGUAUCCUGACAAAUCAUAUUGAAAAAAAUCUGAGAAUAUGUGAACUUGUAACAUGAUAUCAAUUUUCUUCUGUUGAAUUUUACACAGAAAAGCAGCUGCCUUAAAAUGUGUACAAUAGUACAAAAAGGAAGUUGGGGGAAAUGGCUCAGUUUUGGUUUCUUGCAUUCUUUGCCCUGUUAACAUCUGGUGCCUUUUACAAAUGUAAAUUAAAGAUUAGCUGUGCCAUAUUUAAAAAAAAGGUAA